AGCCAAAACAACUGUAAUCGCCAAUUAUAAAUUUAGGAAGAGAGCAGAGUAAAGUAGAGCGUCUUCACACUUCACUCUAGUGUUUUGAGAGAGAGAGAGAGAGAAAGAGAGAGAGAGAGAGAAGAGAUGGGUCUUGUUCCUCUCUGCUUUGUUCUUCUUCUGGCAAUGUCUCCAUGGGCUUCAGCUGCUGUUGAGGAUGGUCUACUCGAGAAUGGCGACUUCGAGACACCACCAGCAGGCGGAUUCCCCAAUGCUGGCAUAGGCGAGGGCACCACCUCUCUCCCUUCCUGGACUCUCAAUGGCACCGUCGAGCUCGUUCGCUCGGGACAGAAACAAGGCGGUAUGAUCCUCAUUGUCCCCCAAGGGGACCAUGCCGUAAGGCUGGGCAACGAGGCUGAGAUCAGGCACUCGUUGCAGCUGGAAAAGGGCUCAACAUACUCAGUGACGUUCAGCGCUGCACGGACCUGUGCACAGCUGGAGUCACUGAACGUGUCGGUAGGGCCUGCGUCGAACACGGUGGACCUGCAGACGCUGUACAGCGUGGAGGGUUGGGAUGCAUACGCGUGGGCUUUCCAGGCUGAGUCGGAGGAUGCAGAGCUGGCAUUCAAGAAUCCUGGCAUGGAGGAUGAUCCCACUUGUGGGCCCAUUAUUGAUAAUGUUGCUAUUAAGAAGCUCUUCACUCCUGAUGCGGUGGAAGACAACGUAGUCAUCAACGGCGACUUUGAAGAAGGCCCAUGGAUGUUCACUGACAGAAUCCUUGGUGUCCUUCUCCCAACCAAUCUUGAUGAGUCAACUUCCUCUCUCCCCGGUUGGAUAAUAGAGUCCAACCGUGCAGUUCGCUACAUUGACUCCGACCACUACACCGUUCCCCAAGGCAAACGAGCCGUAGAACUGUUAUCAGGCAAAGAAGGCAUUAUCUCCCAAAUGGUUGCAACAACUCCGGAGAAGCAAUAUAGCCUUGCGUUCACUGUAGGAGCUGCAGGGGAUAAAUGCCAAGAUCCCUUGGCAGUUAUGGCUUUUGCGGGAGACCAAGUUCAGAACUUUCACUACUCAGCCGUGGGCAAUGCGACAAGUAUGCCUGCUAAUCUUACGUUUACUGCCCGUGCUGAGCGCACCCGUGUUGCUUUCUAUAGUGUGUAUUAUAACACGAGGAGCGAUGAUCAUAGCUCGCUUUGUGGACCGGUGGUAGAUGAGGUUAGGGUUUGGGGGGUGUCUGGAUCAACGAGGCUCAGCGGAUUUGGUUUUGUUGGCUUUGUUGUUGGAAUUGUCGUGGGUUUGUGUUUGAUUUUGGGUUGAAAGAUUGUUGGGUGGCUAGUAGUUUGAUGAUGGUUUUGUUUGAGAAACGUUUAAGUGUUAAAUUAGAAAGUAAUGAAGUAUGAAAUCUAAAUCUGAGUGCAGGUUUAAAACCUUCAUAUAUUUUAUAUAUGACUUCUGGCAUUUGAUUUAA